AUGAAGUCUUACAUUCCAUUUUUCAUUCUUCUGUGGAGUGCUGUUGGAAUUUCAAAGGCUGCCAAAAUAGUUAUUGUGCCGCCAAUUUUGUUUGAAAGCCAUCUAUAUAUUUUCAAGACCCUGGCUUCUGCUUUGUAUGAACAUGGCCAUCAGGCUGUUUUCCUUCUGUCUGAGGGCAGAGAAAUCCCUCCAUCAAGUCAUUACAGACUACAGCGAUACCCAGGGCUCUUUAAUACAACCACCUCAGAUGAAUUUCUUCAUUCCAAAAUGAGGAAUAUCUUUUCUGGGAGACUAACGGCAGUGGAGCUGUUUGAUAUUCUGGAUCACUAUUCCAAGAAUUGUGACAUGGUUGUGGGCAACAAGAAGCUACUGCAUGCCCUGAAACAGGAAAAAUUUGACCUUCUACUAGUAGAUCCUAAUGAGAUGUGUGGAUUUGUUAUUGCCCAUCUUUUAGGAAUUAAAUAUGCUGUUUUUUCUACUGGCCUUUGGUAUCCAGCAGAAGUAGGUGCACCUGCACCCUUAGCAUAUGUCCCUGAAUUUAAUUCACUUCUCACAGACCAUAUGAACUUCCUACAAAGAUUUAAGAACACUAUUGUUUAUCUGGUUUCAAGAUUUGGAGUCAGUUUUUUGAUUCUGCCAAAAUAUGAAAGGAUAAUACAGAAGUAUAAUGUACAGCCAGCAAGGUCCAUGUAUGAAUUGGUCCAUGAAUCCAGCCUGUGGAUGCUAUGUACUGAUGUAGCACUAGAGUUUCCAAGACCUACACUACCAAAUGUUGUUUACGUAGGAGGAAUCCUGACCAAACCAGCCAGUCCUCUACCAGAAGAUCUGCAAACAUGGGUGAAUGGUGCUAAUGAAAAUGGCUUUGUCCUUGUAUCAUUUGGAGCUGGAGUGAAAUACUUACCUGAAAAUAUAGCAGAUAAAUUGGCACAUGCUCUGGCUAGACUUCCUCAAAGAGUAAUUUGGAGAUUUUCAGGUAAAAAUCCCAGGAAUUUAGGUAACAAUACAAAACUUAUAGAAUGGUUACCACAAAAUGAUUUAUUAGGUGACUCUAAUAUUAAGGCCUUCCUUAGUCAUGGUGGUCUGAACAGCAUUUUUGAAACCAUGUACCAUGGUGUUCCUGUGGUGGGAAUCCCUCUUUUUGGAGAUCAUUAUGACACCAUGACUCGAGUGCAGGCCAAGGGCAUGGGUAUACUACUAAACUGGAAGACUCUUACGGAGGAUGAGUUAUAUAAUGCACUGGUGAAAGUUAUCAAUGAUCCCAGCUACAGGCGACAGGCCCGGAAGCUGUCUGAAAUCCAUAAAGACCAACCAGCUCAUCCUGUUAAUCGAACAGUCUACUGGAUUAAUUACAUCCUUCAUCAUAAUGGAGCACAGCAUUUACGUUCUGCAGUUUACACUGUCUCUUUAUAUCAGUAUUUCUUAUUGGAUAUUGCCUUUGUUGUGCUGCUGGGUACUGCCUUACUCUGCUACAUUUUGGCCAGGAUAGCAAAAUUUAUUUGCAAGCAAAGCAAACAUUUUUGGUCCACUGAUGAACAUAUUACUAUCAAUGGACAUUACCAAAAUGGGAUACCAAACGGCAAGUAUAGAAGAAAUGGUCACAUUAAACAUGAAAAAAAGGUGAAAUGA